AUGGCAUCUACAAGUGCACUCACCCCGUCACAUGGCUCCAGAAAUUCCGGUGGUCUUCGUCCGCCAUUAAAGCAUUCGAUUCAGAUCUCUUUUUCAAGCGUACCAGAUGAAGUUAUUAUUGCUAGGAACAAAGCUCGUGCAGAGAGUGGAUCUCCACAAAGUACUGAAGAAGAUCGACUCAUUCCUGGUUUCGAGGUAAACCACCUAGGAUUCAGGGUGACAACAGGUAUUGCCCCAGAAGGUGAAAGUGGUCGAAGAGGAUUAAGUCCCAUCAAAUGUAUUCAAAUUUGCUGGAAAUCUUCAAGUAGUGCUUCACAAGCCGUCAAUUUUCUUUGGCCCAUUGUUCCUGUUGCCAUCGUCAUUACCUAUGCUCGUCCAGAAUGGCAUACAGUCAUAUUCAUUCUCAAUUAUUUAUCCAUGAUCCCUUCUGCAAAUCUUAUAGGUUUUGCUGGUCAAGAACUUUCCCGGAAAUUGGACAAAGUAUUCGGCAUUUUGAUGGAAACCACCCUUGGAUCUGUUGUUGAAAUCGUAAUGUUCAUGGUACUUCUCGCCAGGCAACAAUUUCAAGUCAUGCAAGCCGCCAUCAUGGGUUCUAUAUUGGCUACUCAGUUGUUGUGUUUAGGCAUGUGCUUCUUCGUAGGAGGAUUGACACACGAUGAGCAAGAGUUUGAUGAGGAAAUUAGUGAAGUUGGAAGUGAUUUGCUUCUUCAGGCUGGACUCGGUCUCAUUGUACCCGCGGCUUUCAACAUGGCGGUCAAAAGCGCCAACUCUGAUUAUGAUCCCUUCGUGCUCGCUGAUUCCGUUCUUCAUAUUUCACGAAUGACGUCUAUCCUACUGAUAAUUUCGUACGCCUUAUACGUAUACUUCCAAAUGCGCUCUCACCAAUCUAUAUACGACGCUAUUUUUGAGGCCGAUGAACAUAAACAAGAGGAUUAUGAAGAAGAUCUUUUAAAGGAAAAGUUGACAUUUACGGAAUGCAUUGUGGCAUUGAUUGUUGCAAUUAGCAUGGUUACAUUCACUGCUAUUAGACUUGUGGAAAGCAUUGAAUUCAUUGUUGAUGAAGAUGGCAUUUCCGACAGCUUCGUCGGUUUGAUCUUGGUUCCACUUGUUGAGAAGUUUGCCGAACAUCUCACAGCCAUUGACGAAGCUCAUGACAAUUCUAUGAACCUGGCUCUUUCCCAUGUUUUAGGUGCUACCAUUCAAACGGCUCUAUUUAACGCUCCCCUUGUUGUCAUUAUUGGCUGGAUCGUUGAUAUCCCAAUGGAUUUGAAUUUUGAUCUUUUUAUUAUCGUUGUUCUAAUUCUGUCCAUUUUGGUGGUGGGAAACUUCUUGAAAGAUUGCAGAUCCAACUACUUAGAGGGCGCUCUCUGCGUACUUGUGUACAUCAACAUCGCUGUCGCAGCUUUCUAUUAUCCAAAUCCGCCAAAAGUUAUUCCACAUGUUUGA